CCUGCCCCGCGACGCGCCGGCGGCUGGCGCAGCCCUUCGCUCGCCCGGCCUCCCCCUCCCUGGUUCCGCGCUCGGGUUCCGCCAUGGAAUCCAACAAGGAUGAAGCCGAGCGCUGUAUCAGCAUCGCCCUCAAGGCCAUCCAAAGCAACCAGCCCGAGCGGGCGCUGCGCUUCCUGGAGAAGGCGCAGCGGCUGUACCCGACGCCACGAGUCAGCGCUCUGAUUGAGUCCCUCCACCAAAAACCACAGUCUGCCGGUGAUCAACCCCAACCCACAGACACAUCUCGCACCACCCACAGGAAGGCAGGCGGGACGGAAACCCCCUCAGCCAACGGCGAGGCAGGAGGAGGAGAGAGCGUCAAGGGGUACACCUCAGAGCAAGUGGCCGCUGUGAAAAGGGUCAAGCAGUGUAAAGAUUACUACGAGAUCCUUGGGGUGAGCAGGAGUGCCUCAGAGGAGGACCUGAAGAAGGCCUACCGCAAACUGGCCCUCAAGUUCCAUCCAGACAAGAACCAUGCCCCUGGCGCCACCGAAGCUUUCAAAGCCAUCGGCACAGCCUACGCCGUCCUCAGCAACCCAGAGAAAAGGAAACAGUACGACCAGUUUGGUGACGACAAGAGCCAGGCUGCCCGGCACGGCCACAGCCAUGGGGACUUCCACCGGGGCUUUGAGGCCGACAUCUCCCCUGAAGACCUCUUCAACAUGUUCUUUGGUGGCGGCUUUCCUUCCAGUAACGUCCACGUCUACAGCAAUGGCCGAAUGCGAUACACCUACCAGCAGAGGCAGGACCGCAGGGAGAACCAGGGUGAUGGCGGGUUAGGAGUAUUCGUCCAGCUGAUGCCCAUCCUCAUCCUCAUCCUGGUGUCUGCGCUCAGCCAGCUCAUGGUGUCCAGCCCACCCUACAGUCUGAGCCCGAGACCGUCGGUGGGCCAUGUCCACAAGCGAGUCACCGACCACCUGAGCGUCGUGUACUAUGUGGCAGACACCUUCUCUGAAGAAUACACGGGCUCCAGCCUCAAAACAGUGGAACGGAACGUGGAAGAUGAUUAUAUCGCCAACCUCCGAAACAACUGUUGGAAGGAAAAGCAACAGAAGGAAGGCUUGUUAUACCGGGCCCGUUACUUCGGGGACACAGACAUGUACCACAGAGCACAGAAGAUGGGCACCCCGAGCUGCAGUCGGCUGUCAGAGGUGCAGGCCUCCCUGCAUGGAUAGUUCUGGGCCAGCCACAGCACCCAGGUCCAAACUAUGAAAUCCCUGGAGAACUUUUGGUGACACACACUGAGCCAAGGUGAUGGACUGUAUAUUUAAGGAAAGACAGACACAGGAAAAAAUUUAAGUGGAACUGGAGGCCGAACACCGCACAACUCCCCUCUCAGCCAGUGACUGGAGAAAGCUCUUAGGACAGACAGAAAGCCUGCUGCAGGGCUGCUUCCUCCCCUCCCAAGGGCUGGCAAGAAGCUCCACAUCACCAGCUCCUAGGAUACAGAAACCAUGGCAACGAAAGUAGAAUCUAAAACUUGCAGCAAAUGUCUGUGGGGAAGGACUGGGGGAGGGGACACCCCACUGUCUCUCCUCCCCCCUCCCAGGGGCCAGCACCAGUCACCUCACAGGAGAAGCCAGGCAUAGGCCAAGGAACCGAGGAGAGAAUUCCCAGAGAAUGUAACAGGAAUGCGUAUGCUCUCUGUAAGUUGGGCACCAAGGACUCCCGAAGGCUCUUCAUCUGGGCGUUGACCGCAGUGCAGCCCGGCUUGUGAAGAAGAGCCCGUGCCCGUGGGUACCUGUCUUUAUCUCCACAGUGGACUCCACCAGGCCUCUACUCACGGGAUGAAGAAUCCACCACAACCAGAACGGCUUUCCCCUUCAGAUGAGGAAUUUUCUCAAAACAGCCAUUGCUGCCAGGGGAAGUAGGGAGCUUUCAUCUACUCCCACGACUACAGUGGGCCUCUGGGAACUGCCAUUUCCCGUUUUCCUGUGGCGGUGGAUGUGGCCGUGGCCGUGGCACCCUGCCGUCUUCCAAAGCCUUACUUCCCCAAGCUGCCAGCCCAGAGGUGGCAUCUGUCCCCCCAGGGUGUCUCUCUCUCUCUCUCUCUCUCUCUCUCUCUCUCUCUCUCUCUCUCUCUCUCUCUCAACCUCUCUCAACCCCCUAACAAAUAGGAUUCUUGCUGGUAAAGGAAGUUUGGUUAGGAAUAUCAAAUCUGGUUUUUUUAAAACAAGGUCCCACCCUGCAAUGAAGUGGCCACCCUGGCCUAGAGAGAUCAUGAGAACUGGACGCGGGCCAGAGGACCCCACCCACAGUGGCCCUGGUGCUCUGCCUCCACCACCCCAACUGUCUGGUCUUGGUACCUGUCCCUAGAGGGGCUGAGCCACGUGCAAUAAGAACAUAGAUCCUAAAGGAUCCCCCAAGACGCUGUAUUUCUUGAAUUAGAAUUCUGAAAUUGUACAUCUAUAAAUAUAUGUUUAUUAUGUGA